GGCCGCGACCUUACAGCGGUGAUGACCGCCGCGCGACAGCAGGACGGCUGCAAUGGGUCUGCUCUCAGAGCUGAAGCUGGCUGUGCCCUGGGGCCACAUCGCUGCCAAAGCCUGGGGCUCCCAGCAGGCCCGCCCGGUUCUUUGCCUGCAUGGCUGGCUGGACAAUGCCAACUCCUUUGACAGACUCAUCCCUCUUCUUCCGAAAGACUUUCAUUAUGUUGCCGUGGAUUUCGGGGGACAUGGGCUCUCGUCCCAUUACAGCCCCGGUCUCCCGUAUUACCAGGAAAACUUUGUGAGUGACAUCCGGAGAGUUGUAGCAGGCUUGAAGUGGAAGCGUUUCUCCAUCAUUGGCCAUAGUUUUGGUGGUAUGGUGGGCGGAAUGUUUUCCAGUAUCUACCCCGAGAUGGUGGAUAAACUUAUCUUGCUGGACACAUUGCCAUUUGCCCUGGACGCUAAAGGAGUAGAGGACGUGCUGACCUACAAGCGGGGAGCCAUAGAGCACAUGCUGCAGACAGAGGCCUCCCAGAAACCCCGGCAGGUGGUCAGCCCAGAGGAGAUGCUGCAGAGGUUCCUGAAGAACAACAGUCAUGUGAGUGAGGAGUGCGCGCGACUCCUCCUUCAGAGGGGAACCACUGAGGUGGCCACAGGUCUAAUAAUGAAUAGAGACCGGAGGAUGGCUUUGCCGGAGUACAGCAUGGAUUUCAUCAGCAGGGAGCUGUUCGUGCACUCCACCAAGAAGCUGCAGGCCCACGUCCUGCUCCUCAAAGCAAUCCAAGGAUAUUAUAACGUGAGAAGAGAGAAUGACAGUGACAGGAAUGUCAUGCUUUUUGCGAUAGACACGCUGAAAUCAGUCCUAAAGGAGCGGUUCCAGUACAUACAAGUCCCGGACAACCAUUAUGUCCACCUGAACCAACCCCAGAACGUGGCCGGUAUCAUCAGCACCUUUCUGCUGAGCAAGGAGACAGCACCACACGAGCCGUAG